AUGCUCGUCUCUCGUAGCGUUUGUGCCGCUGCGGCGUCGAUGCGCACCUCGAUCGCAGCUCGUUCAUCGCUGAUGAGGACCGCCGCUGCAUUCACGACCGGCACCAGCACAUCAUCACCAUUCGCAGCUCGCUCUGCUACAACGUUCGACCAAAUCGGAAAACGCACCUUGUUCACCCGCACACCACCAACGCCCUUGGCUCGCACCAAGCAGUUCAUCUACCUCGUCUUUGCCCUUGCAGCUGGUACAUUUGGUAUCGCCUACUAUGCCGAUUCUCGAUCUGCCAUUCAUCGCUGGAUCGUAAUCCCUGCUCUCAAGGCUUUUGCUGAUCCUGAAUCGGCACAGAAGCUAGCGAUCAAGGUGCUCGAGACUGGCUUGGCUCCUCGCGACAUGGUCGAUGAUGACGCCGUGCUCGAAACCGAGCUCUUUGGCAGGAAGCUUUCCAACCCCAUCGGCCUUGCAGCUGGAUUCGACAAGCAGGCAGAAGCCAUCGAUGGCCUGCUCGACCUUGGUUUCGGCUUUAUCGAGAUCGGCAGUGUGACACCCGAGCCCCAGCCUGGUAACCCUCUACCUCGUUACUUCCGUCUGAUCGAGGACAACGCCUGCAUCAACCGAUUUGGCUUCAACUCGCAAGGUCACAAUGUCAUCCUCAAUCGUCUCAGAGACCGUAUUCGACGAUGGCUGCUUCACCCUUCCAGUGUAGCAAGCUUGCAAGAUGCUCUUGUUGCGCACCCUGACUCGGCUAGAGCUGAUGCUAGACAGUUGAUUGCAACGCAUCCCAAGAGCACUUCUGCCUUUGUCGAUGCUACCGACCUGCCACGAAGUUUGCGACCUGCCAAGAUGCUUGGUAUCAACCUGGGCAAGAACAAGGAAAGCCCAGAGGAAAGUGUCCAAGACUACAUCAAGGGUGUCCAGCGUCUCGGUCCUUAUGCGGAUAUGAUCAUCGUCAAUGUCAGCAGUCCCAACACUCCUGGCUUGCGUCGAUUGCAGCGUCGAGACGUGCUGCAAGACUUGCUCACCAAGGUGGUCAACGCUCGCGACGGAAUGGAGCAGUCUCAUCUUGGUUUCUCGAACAAAAAGGUGAGCGUGCCACUGCUUGUCAAGAUCGCUCCGGAUCUCAGCGAGGAGGAACUGCAGGAUGUGGCUGAUGCAGCACUCAAGAGCGGUAUCGAUGGAUUGGUGAUUAGCAACACCACCAUCUCUCGUCCUGCUACGCUUCGAUCCUCGGAGAAUGUGCGGGAGACGGGUGGUCUCUCCGGUCCUCCUCUCAAGCCGCUCGCUCUCAAAGCGUUGACCAUCGUCAACCAACGUCUGCAAGGUAAGCUCCCCAUCAUCGGUUGUGGUGGUAUCGCUUCUGGUCAAGAUGCACUCGACUAUGCCAAGGCAGGUGCCAGCGCCAUUGAGCUCUACACUUCGUUCGGCUACCAAGGUGUUGGUCUACCCCGUCGUAUCAAAGACGAGCUGGUCGAACUUUUGAAAGCGCAAGGCAAGACCUGGAAACAAGUCGUCGGCACCGGUUUCGAUGUCUCGAAAACGUAUAGCUCCACGCCCAACGCCGGCGAAACUGCCACCGGCUUCCACCCACUCAGCGAUGCUGCCUUCGAAAAGAGCGUUGCUAGCGUCAAACUCGAACUCCAAGGUCUGCGUGAAAAAUGGGCCGAGGAAAGGCUAGAAAGCUUCCUUCCCACACGAGAAUCGGAUGCUAGCUACUACGACUUGAUCGAAAAAGCACACUCUGCUUUGGGACUCGAAUUUGCUGCUCCCUCUCCCACUGCGCCAAGCAAGGAUGAGAAAGCAACAGCGGGAGAGAAGCAGGUGGCAAAGGCACACGAGUUGCUACACGAAGCUAAGCAGGUGCCCAACAUCAAGUUGGAGAUCAAGGAAAAGACCAACAAGCUCUUUGGUGAUUCAAGAGCGGCUAAGGUGUUGCAAGCAAACGAGAAUGCCGCCAAUCGGGAUUUUUCCAAGACCGACAAGACUCGUGUUGUGUAA